UCAGGUACUCGUCAGCUCUGGAUGAACAACCUAAAGUAGGCAUACAUGCAAAUGUGGAUGGCUUGGCCUGUGAGUCUCAUCACAGUUUGCUUUGGCUUCUAAUUGGCUUCUAAUUUACAUGAUAAUGAGGAAACAGCAGUGUUUACGGCUCACAAUAUGGUCUUUUCCAUACACUGAGCUUUUAUUAUUUUACUAUGCCUUGGUAUACCCAGAUUUUCAUUAUAGGAGAACUUUAAUAUAAUUCUUUUAAAAUGCAGUAUUUUUAUUUUAUUUCAGGCCUGAUGGAGGAGACACACAGUCCUGUCAAAGAGGAAGAAGAAACUGACUCACUGAAGAGAAAAGACAAAAACUGUUUCACCUGCACUCAGUGUGGAAAGAGUCUAUUAUACAAAAAGAGUCUCCGGCAUCACAUGAUGAUCCACACUGGAGAGAAACCAUGCACAUGCUCUCAGUGUGGGACCAGUUUCAGACACCCCUCAUCCCUAAUUAAUCACAUGCUGAUCCACACUGGAGAGAAAACACACAAAUGUGAUCAGUGCGGCAAAACAUUUUUGAGGGCUUCAGAGCUGAAGAGCCACCUUCAUAAUCAUACAAAGGAGAAGCCUUAUCCAUGCACUGUGUGUGGAAAGAGUUUCAAAGAUCAAGCUCGUUUAAAUAGACAUCAGAAGAUCCACACCGGUGUGAGAGAGUACAUGUGCUUCAAGUGUGAGAAGACCUUUUAUAGGGUUGAACAUUUGAAAGUACAUGAGAGGAUUCACACUGCAGAGAAACCUUACAUUUGUUCAAUGUGCAGUAAGGGAUUCAGUCAGCUAGAACAGAUGAAAAUGCAUGAGAGGAUUCACACCGGAGAGAAACCCUACAAGUGUUCACACUGCAACAAGAGAUUCAGUAAUUCAAGAAAUCUGAAAACACAUGAGAGGACUCACACUGGAGAGAAACCUUACAAGUGUUCACACUGUGACAAGAGAUUCAGUUAUCCAGUAAUCUUGAAAAAACACGAGAGGAUUCACACCAGAGAGAAACCUUAAAAGCAGGGUGUAAUUCUUGCCAGGCAAAGCUCAAUCCAGUACUUCUGAAAUUUGGUCCUACGCCUCAUUAUGGUGGAUGAAUAUCUAAAUACAGUAUGUUGCGUGCUUUCUUUGUAAGAAGACUUUUGUAAGAAGGCGCGCCAUUUCACAGAAAGACUUGAUUCAAACACUCGACUGAAGCUAUUAAGUAACUUUUGAAUUAAAAUAUCAGUAUGUGCAG